AUGGAGUGCGCAGUCCAUGCGGUGAUACAGGAGCCGUCGGGGAGCGCCGACGCUUUCGUGCAGCUCCACGAUGGGCGGCGGCGACAACUCGGCGUCCCCCCGCAGCUGCAGUCGCGCCUCUGCGCCUCGCGAGGAUUCCACGCAGUCACGCGGCUCUGCGGGCCCAUCGGACGGCUGCUGGGUGAGCUGCACGCGCUGGUAGAGUCCUACUACUUCGCGGCGGAGCGGCCGGCGCUGGUGUCGAUGCACACCUGCGCGCGCAGGAUCGCAAGCUCGCUCGGCAUCAUCAUUGUCUACGCCUACCGCGUGUGCCGCGCGACCUCGUCGGCACUGGCGCGGUACGCCAUCGCAACUAUAUCGGAGGACCGCCGACGGGAGCUCGGCAGCAAGGCCAUGGUCUUCAAGUACGGCUUCUUCGCCCACGGCAUGGCUGUGGGCGCCCCGAACGCCUCCCAGGAGCUGCUGAUCGCAGCGGCGCUGGAUCGCGGGUCAAUCAACAUCUCGUUCAACCACGUGGCGCACCGCGCGCUGCUGCAGCUGACGCGCAUCGACGGAUGCGGACCCGAUGCGGCCGUGACGUCGCAUGCACUCGGCUUCGACGACAGGCUCUCUGACGGCGCGGAGUUCGUCACCUGCGUGUCGGCCGACCCGAUGCCGGGCUUGGGAGUGACGCUAAUGGUGGGCUACUCGACGGGGGUCGUGGAGAUCUGGAAGGAAAGCGUGUGCAUGGCGGACCUGCGCGAGGCGCUCUGUGAGGCCGUUGCGCAGUGCAAGCUGCCCUCGUACCCUUUCUUCUGCUCAUUCAGCCCCUGCGGAGAAAUCGCGGUGGUACUGACCGUGGAUGACAUGUACUUGAUGGAGUGGACGGGGUCCUCGCUCUCGGCCAUCAAGCUGGUCGACGGCUCGAGCGCCGACUUUUGGUCCGCCACAGGCGCGCGGGUGCUGGCGGCCGAGUGGCUGAACGCGCACGAGAUUAUGAGCCUAUCGGACAACGGCCAGCUGUGGCUAUCGAGGAGGUCGGAAAUGGGCUACUGGCAGCGGAUAACGCAGUACAUAUUGGCGGACUCGACGCCCAGGGACGCGGGGCUGACCAGCUGGAUUAGCCGGAUGCAGUACGACGGACGCGGGCUGAUGUUCCUCAAAAUGCACGGGUCGCACCAGGUGCUGCAGCUGCGGUGGGACAAGACCGCCAUGCCGGACCUCUCCGUUGUGGAGUUCCCCGUGAGGGAGGCGGGUGGCCGGCUGGGACCCAGGGUACCGAGUGCCACUUCGGAUCCAGCUGACGCCACGAUCGCAGCCGACGGUCGCGACCCACGCAGCUCGGCAAACAACGUGGAAGUGGCGGACUUUGCGCUGGAGCCGCAAUCGUCCCUCAUUGCCAUCAUUGUAAGCGACCGUUCCGCAGUGAACGUGUACAGCUAUCCGAAGAUGCGCUGCAUACACACCUUGGAGCCCCCGAGACCGCACCUCAAGGCUGCCGGGAUCAAGUUCAUGGCCACCGGAAGCAGCAGCGUCGAGGUCUUCCUGGCGGUCAAGUGGGUCGAGAUCAGCCUCGAAAUAUUCCAGGAGCCGGAGGAUUUCGACAUCGACCACAAGGUGGCCAGCACCCGAGGAGCGCAGAGCGGCCGCAUGACGGUGGUUUACGCGCUGUCCAGCUCAGCGCUGCGCUCCCAAAACUGGCAGGGGCAGACGCUGGCCGAGAUUCUGUCCGGGGGCGACAACAUGGUCACUGCCCACGCGAGGCCCCCCAGGGCGAUCUCGUUCCGCCGAAACGACGGGUACGGCGGAGAGACCAUACCGCGCCUCAGCGUGUUCCGGCCGACCUUCCCGGAGGAUGUGUUGGUUGGCACGAAGAACUCCGUGAUGUACGAGGACGCGUUCUCGCACCGGCGGCAGGUGUUCGGACGGCAAUACGCCGACGGCGAUGGCAGAGCGCUGCCAUUCGACAAGAAGACGCACGCAAUGGCCAUGCGGGACUCGCCGCUGCUCGCUGGGCCAGCCUUCUCGAAGGCGACGCUAUCCAGGUCGCCCGAGACGGACACACAUGUCUACUCGAUGGAGGAGUUCACGCGCCGCAAACGCGGCGGCAUAUAA